UUAUUAAUUUCCUAUAUAUAUAUAUAUAGACACACACCCCUCCUCCACAACCCCGUUCCGUUGUUUAUAAUUCGUUCCUUCAAAAUUUCAAAUAAUUCUCCAAGCAUGAGAGUCUUGUUUGUAGCAACCAUCGUAAUCCUCAUCUCUGCCUUUAUAGCCUUUAACCGAAGCAGAUCAUAUUCCUCUCAAGCAACAUCCCACGUCAAAGACUCAGCCGUCGAUGCCCAUUUAUGGCGUUUUGAAGCUGUUCCGAUUGAGGGUGCAGUUGGACCGGAGAGCUUCGCUUUUGACCCGCAUGGCGGUGGGCCCUAUACCGGCGUAUCUGACGGCCGAAUCAUCAAAUGGCAGCAAAGUGAACGGCGUUGGAUCGAUUUUGCCGUAACUUCUCCAGAGAGAUUUGUUGGCAGAUAUGGUUGCGGAGGGCCACGGGAUGACGAUCAAACAGAGCAUGUUUGUGGGCGACCAUUGGGGUUGCGCUUCAACACCACCACGGGUGAUCUUUAUAUUGCUGACGCUUACAUGGGCCUACUUGUCGUAGGGCCUGCCGGCGGGGUGGCCGAAAAGUUGGCAACACAUGCAGUACACGAGCCUCCUAACUUCGUCUUCACCAACAGCUUGGACAUUGACCCUCGCCACGGUGUGGUGUAUUUUAGUGACAGCAGCUCUCGGUACCAAAGGAGGAAUUACCUGUCAGUGAUAUUAAGUGGAGAUAAAACAGGAAGGCUGAUGAAAUAUGACCCAGAAAACAAACAAGUGACCGUUCUUCUAAAGAAUCUCUCCUUCCCAAAUGGUGUGGUAUUGAGUGAGAAUGGCCACUACAUUCUACUUGCAGAGACCACUAAUUGCAGAAUCAUGAAGUAUUGGCUAGAACCAUCAAAAGCCGGAACUUUUGAAGUCUUUGCUCAACUCCCAGGGUUUCCAGACAAUAUUAAUAGGAGUCCAAGGGGAGGAUAUUGGGUUGCAAUUCAUUCGAGAAGAGGGAGGAUAUUGGAAUUGGUUCUUUCCAAUCCUUGGAUAGGAAAUGCUUUGCUUAAGCUUCCUUUCAACAUUAUGAAAGCCUAUUCGCACUUAGCUAGAUGGAUGGGAUCCUCAAGUGCAUUGGCAGUGAGAUUGAGUGAGAAAGGUGAAAUAUUGGAAAUAUUUGAAGAUAAAAGCAGGAAUAAAUGGAGGUCUAUUGCUGAAGUGGAAGAGAAAGACGGAAGUCUAUGGAUUGGAUCAAUAGAUAUGCCCUUUGCAGGCGUGUAUAAGAUAUAAAAUAAAAAAUUCUGCAUAUGGAUAUAAUAGAGAAAGUAUGAACCUCUCAUUUUUUUUAUGA